ACUAAGUGUCAUUUUUCGUGUUGCGCAUAUGCGCAUAUUCACGGUUGUUGUCAGUGUUGUCUUCAUGACUUAACCUUUGUCAACUAAGUUGUGAAAACUACAUAUAUUAUAUAUCAAAUUGAUAAAAUUGUUAUAACACUAAUUAAUAUGUCGGAGACUAAAGAAAAAGAGGAAGAAAAGCCGGUUGUUGCAAAAAGUGCAAUUGAUUUGCAACGAUUAAAAUUGCAGAAAUUAAUGAAAAAUCCUGAAAAGCCUAUUCUACUACCGGAAAGACCUAAAGUUAAAAGUACACCAACAGUACCAGAAUUUGUACGUAAUGUUAUGGGCAGUAGUGCAGGUGCAGGCAGUGGCGAAUUUCACGUGUAUAGACAUUUACGGCGUAAAGAAUAUGCCAGACAAAAAUUUAUUCAAGAAAAGGGUCGUAAGGAACUUUUAGAUGAUGAAUAUCAUAGGAAAUUGGAGGAAAAUAAAAGGGUAGCUGAAGAGAUAACAGCUAAAAAGAGAGCAAAGAGACAGAAAAAAAAACAGAAGUGGAAGCAAAAGAAACAAUUGAAAGUGUCAAAUGACCGACCAAAUAAAAGUGACAAUAGUGAUUCAGAAGAAGAAAGUUUGGAUGAACAAGAUACAAAUGACAAAAAUGAUAAUGUAUCUGAAGUUGUAUCAGACGAAGCAAUUAAAAAUAGUAUAGUUGUAGAACAUAAGCCAGAAACAAAAUUUUAA